AUGUGUCUUGUGUCAGAUAAAUCUCUUUUACCCGGCUUGGAGGAGAAGGUGAGAAUCAAAGAUGAUGAAUGUAAAGAAAAGGAAAGCCGGAGAGUGACCUGGGAGUUGAGUAUAAUGGAAGGUGAAGGAGAAUCUGAGAAAAGCAGAGUCUGACCAGUGACCCUGGGGACAGCUGUUGACACUGCACACCUGGACAUCAUGCCCAGUGUAAAGAACAGCAGCCCGACACAUGCACCUGAUGCUUCUCCAGUAAAUGCAGCAAUGGCGCUGAAGAACAGACCUUUAUCCAUCAUGGCCACUGGAAAAGGCACCGUCUUACAGAAAGCAAAGGAAUGGAGAAGAAAGGGGCAAGUUAGAAAACCAUGGAAUUUUUUUAUGGACUGA